GUGACUUGCUCCUCUUUGCUUUCCAUCAUGAUUGUGAGGCUUCUCCAGCCAUGUGGAACUGUUUUGGAAAGAUUCAUGUCUAUUUGGCAAUGAAGAUUUUGUAAGGAGACUCAGCUCCUUGAAGGAAAGGGGCCAUGCAUAAUUUAAAAGACAUUAAUGAUUUUGAUCUGUGGUGAUUGCCACAUCUGUCCUCAUACUCUGCUUGUGGAUAAUACAAGUAUCCUUCACUACUUAGGAGGAUGGGCAUGAGAAUGUGUUAUGUGCACUUUUGUUGACAACCAACACCACAGCUACAGAACUAUUCAAGCCUUUGAAUGAUCACAUAUCAGAAAAACUGAAUUGGUCAUUUUGUGUCAAUAUGUGCAUGGACAGAGUUGCUACCAUGACUGGAUGGCUUUCGGGUUUCACUGCUUGGAUCAAAGAGGUAGCUUCUGAAUGUGGAACUCUGAUACAGUGCCUCCCUCAUGUGUGGUGAAGAUUAAUUGAAGUCAUGGUAUUACCAGAUGGGAAGCAUUUGACAUGGUGCCAGGAACAUUCAAACAGAGAGAUAACCAAUUGGCUGGCAAAGUAACAAAUGAAAAGUAACCUGACUCUAUUGACCCGCUUAACCCUGCACAGGGGGGAAGGAUGGAAAUGAGCAGCUGUUUGCUUUGAAACAGUGGAACAGUUUUGCAGCCUUAGAAAAUGGCAUGUAACGUACCUAACCAAAGACAGCGGACUCUGUCAACAACAGGAGAAGCUCUAUACGAAAUUCUUGGUCUGCAUAAGGGAGCAUCAAAUGAAGAAAUUAAGAAAACCUACAGAAAAUUGGCCCUGAAACACCAUCCAGACAAGAAUCCAGAUGAUCCAGCUGCUACUGAGAAGUUUAAAGAAAUCAACAACGCCCACGCAAUACUUACCGACAUCUCAAAGAGAAGCAUAUACGACAAGUACGGAUCGCUGGGACUCUACGUAGCCGAGCAGUUUGGAGACGAACAUGUUAACACCUACUUCAUGCUGUCCAGCUGGUGGGCAAAGGCCCUGUUUGUCAUCGUUGGCCUCUUGACAGGCUGCUAUUUUUGCUGCUGCCUGUGCUGCUGCUGCAACUGCUGCUGUGGGCAUUGCCGGCCCAAGUCAUCAGUGCCAGAAGAGGACUUCUAUGUGUCCCCAGAGGAUCUGGAGGCACAGAUCAAAUCUGACAUGGAAAAAGAUGUGGACUUUCCAGUUUUUCUCCAGCCUACAAAUGCAAAUGAGAAAACACAGCUAAUCAAAGAAGGAUCUCGAAGUUAUUGCACAGACUCUUCAUAUUGAGCCCUCUGAGAGUCCACAGUCCCUCCUCUCAGUUCAGUCUUGUUUCCAGAUGGUCGUAGGGGAGUGUGUAGGGCAUAAAGUGCUGUGAACUUUUCCAUCUUGGUAUUUUAUUUUUGGGUUAGGAAAACAUGAUUGCUAUAUAAUUUUCUCAGUUUGCAGACUUUCUCUCUGAGUAGAAUUUCUUAUGAAACACAUUCAAUUUGGGUGAAUAAAGGCCUGAAGAGUUAUUUUAUGCUCCUUGCCUGAUGUAGGACAGUGGAAUUGUACAGCCUUUAUGAACCCUUUAUGUGAGGCAUAUCUGAUUCCUAACUGACCAAAGUAAUAUUCCAGAACAGAAGCCACUUUCCUUCCAUGUAGCACAAUAUUCAUCUACCACAAACAUCAUCAUCAAAAUAUAUGAGAACCUAUAAAGAGUUUUUGUGUGUGGAGCCUCUUCCAUGUCAAUAUUCAAUAAAGUUAUAGAAAUGUUUCAAGAGC